GCUGCGUCUGGAAUGGCCGGCGAUGACACCUGGGGUGGAGGUGAUGCGCCGCAUCCGGGCUCGCCGCAUCUGGGCUCGCCGGGACUGCGGGUGGAGAGAAAGCGCACAUGGGUCGAUGGUGCCGCGCUGCAUGUCAAGGUAGCGAGGCGGAAGAGCUUUGUGACGACCGAGUCGAUCGCCGCCGUGGCGCAGGCAGCCGAGGACCAGCAGGUCGGAUGCCUCGCGUGCUGGAUGGCGGAUACGCAGCACUUGCUCGACCGGUGGAGCGAACGGCUGGCUCGGCUACGCGGAGAGACGCUGCCGUCGGUCCCACCGGCGUUUGUGUCGGGCUCAAUCCGGGUCUGGCUUGUGGUCGAGCUGAAGGGGCUCGAUCCGGGCUUGGUGCCGGGCAAGCGCCGCGACGGCGCUUUUGUGGAGAUCGUCACCAAUCCCGAGGCGCUGUUAGCAAGUGGAACCGAUGGCCAAGUGGCUGGCAAUGGAAGCAGUAAGGGAAAGAAGAAGAGCAAGAGCAAGGACAAGAGCAAGAAAUCGUCGCGCCGCCCAUCAAUUGACCCAUCGCUUGUCUCCCCAUCGCCGCUGAGGCACGGGAGCAGCGAUCGGCAGGUGGCUGGGCUGAGUCCAGCUAUCAGCGGCGGCGGCUCGAGCUGCUUGCCGUCGACGGCGGCGGCGGCCGGACAGGUCUUUGCGCAGACCGAGCUUCGGACUUGGGAUGCGCUUGCGGCGUCAGGCAAGUUUGAGGUCAGUCUCUACAUCGAUUUGCCUCUGGCAGAGACAUCGAUGGGCAAGACGCUUGUCUCGGUUUGCUGCGGGAGUGAGGACAAGGUGCUCGAGCCGAUGAUGGGUGGCGAGCGGGUGGCGACGGGGGCGGUCUCGGUCUCCAAUCUUCUCAAGACGGGCGCGCUUUCUAUCCGGCUUGACGUCGGUGGGGCGACGCGCGGGCGCCCGUUCUGCUUUGCACGACUGGCUGUGGUCCAGCUCGGGCGGGUGCCGUCAUCCAAGGCCACGGUGGCACAGUCGUACGUGUUUGAGAGCGAGGCGGAUGAGCCUGUGCUUGUCAGCGAGACGCUGCUCCCGUCGCCGUUUGCCUUCUCGGUGCCCAAGGCGCUGCUGGGCGUGUAUGCUGCGCGACACGUGGAUGAAGCACGGCAGCUGCUGGCGCUAGUAGAGACGCAGCUGGUGGGCGCAGUCGAGGCUGGCCCGCCGCGUGAGCUUGACCAGGCCGACGUCAACCGAGUCGACAACCACGUGACGUACCUCGAGUCGGUUCUGGCGCCGUGCCUCAAAGUGAGCAACGCUGACACCGAGGUGGCGUUCAAGCCGUCGACAACCAAGUCUGAUCCGGCACUGCGGUUUGUGGCGACAAACAUGCAAGUGAUGGAGAUGAUGGUCAAGGUGCGAGGCAGCCCGUUGGCGCGAUUUUCCAUGGUCACCUGUGGCGCGCCUGCCGCUCAUGUCUACGGUUACGGCAAGAAUGCAGGCAUUCUCGAGCUGCGCGAAAAGGCUGCGGCCGAGGCGCUCAACGUCUCGUCGGACAAGGCUGCGCUCAAGGUGGAGAAGAUGGCGUGGCGGGCGCGGCUGCGGACCGAGGCCGCAUUUGCUCAGGCGGUCAGUGCGCUCGUCACUGUCUUUGCCGAGUCGGUCAACGCCGCACUCCGCGCCGACGUCUCGCCACUUGGGCCGGACGAGGCGACGCUGCUGGACAUCAUGGCUGAGCAUGGGUACUUGGUCCAGUUUGAGUCGCUGCUCUCGACGUCGGGCAAAGAGUCGGUCAUGCUCUCGGACAUGGCUGCGGUGGUGGAGCGGUUGGCUACAGUCUCGUUCCGGAUUGUGCCUGUGGCGCGGCCCGGGGCGGUGGUACCCGGCUCUGCCGCCGACGUCGGGUCCGGCGUGGUGGGCGACGACGAUGACGCCGAAAGCGUGCGGGCAGAGGUUGCGGCGUCGCUCGCGGCGUGCGACCUCUCGAUCUUUGCCACAGACCCACAAGUGUCGCAUCUUGCAACCGAGCGGAAGCGCACGGCAUCAGACGCAAUGUACGGCGACGACGACAGCGACGACGAUGCUGACGCGAACUUGCUCUCGACGCUGCUGGCGUCCGACUCGGACGACCUGGCCGAGCUUUCAGCCUCGGACACGCCGCGGUCGGGGAGCGACGAGUGCGAUGGCGGCGAUGGGCCGUCAAUUUUGGUGGCGGAGGCCUCGGAUGGGUCUGCGUCGUCGGAUGGCGACUCGUCAGAGCUGCCGUGGCACGACGAACUGACUCUGGAGCGGCGGGUCGAGCUGAUGGCGACAUUGGCUUCGGCGUUUGGCUCGUCGAGCGAGGCGGAGGAUCGGGCGUCGGUGGUGGAGAACGAAGCAUAUAGCUUGUCGGCCUCGCUGGAAGAGUAUAUCGAGGCGAUGGUCCACCACAGCGCACGUGCGAUGGUCAUGAACCGGCUCCGCAGCGACAAGAGUGCCCCAGCCGACAGCAGCGAGCACCCAGCUAGCGGGCAGGAGCUGGGCGCGUCCAGUCUGCGAAGCCGGUCACCUGCGAUGAAGUCUCCCCGAGGUUUGCGGCGGACGCCACCGCCAGGAUCAGAGCUGCUGGCACGUGGGCGCGGGGCGACCGAGUCGGCUGAGCCCGUAGUGGUUGACGUCAAGUCGCUUCGGCGGCGGCAGCGGCGGCAGGCACGAGUGGCGGCAAAGGCACAAGCGGCGUACGCACCGCCCGCACCGCUGACACAGCUCCCGGACCAGCUCUUCCUUGACACGACCCAGACCAAGAUUGUAGACGAACGCGACGAGCGGUUCCAGGCUGCGCCGUCGACGCUGGCGCAGGCACCGGAUGCGAUGACUGACCUUGUGGGCCUGCUCCCUGACUCGGUGCAAAUCGAAGAAGAUGAGGCCAGCGGCGGGCUGGUCGUCUCGCUCCUUGCGGUGUACGAUCCGCAGCUUGUGACGCUGCCAGCGCGAGUCAUGGCCGGCGACGUCAUUCGGGUUGUGCCGGUUCUCUUCUCGCAGGGCAUCAACGAGAUGCAGACCAUGUCCAACUUGCUUGGCGGAGCACAGCAGCAGCAGGACAUCAACGAGCACAACCUGCGAAAGCUGCAGCGAUACUUUCGCAAGACGGUACUCUUGCAGCGUGGCGCGUUCCCAAACUACGACUACGGGACGCCGGCGACCAAGAUCUACUCGCUGCUGGCGACCAUCCACCGGACGGUGAAGCUCGGCAAGUCUUCCAAGUCGUCCGCACUUCUGCAGCGAGUGGCGGAUGUCGUGCGGAUGCUCGGCGGUGGGCGGGUGACCUCGUGCAAGUCGGCCAAAGACCGGACGUCGAUGUCAUCGACGCUUGAGCAUGCGCGGAUCCUGGCGUCGCAGUACGGUGCCAACGAGGUCCGUGCAACUGCGGCUGUGAUGCGUUGUUAUGGCGUGCGUCGGAUGAAUGCUGAGCUCAACGCCGGCAAACGGGCGUACGCGUUCAACCGGUUCCAGGCGCUCCUUCUGCCGUCGGCGUACAAGCCACCCAAGUCUGCGACGGCGUCCAAAGUGCAGAGCUGACAGCCAUGUUGCUAUAAUAGUACUGUAGUAUGGAGCGUGAGCGUGGAUAACAUGUUACUUCUUGCUCUUCUUGGUCUUGCCCUUCUUGGUCUUGCUCUUCUUGGCCUUGCCCUUUUUGGCCUUGCCCUUGGCCUUGGCCUUGGACGACUUUGCAGACGAGCCGUGGGCGAGCUUCUCGACCUUUUCGGCCCGCGAGUCGGC